AUGGCUGGUCCACCAGUUUCACCCUUGAACAGAGAAUGUAUACAAGCAGAAGACGAAGAAAGGGGCUUUGAGAUACUCAACUCCUACUUGCAGGAAAAAUCACCUGUCUUCAAGGCCCUACGAGUCAUCCAGAAAGAAGUUUGGCAAUCUCCCGCAGCCGACGAGCAUUUUUUGAAGCGUAGAGAAGCUGCCGAUUCGGCUACUCAAGCUCUUAAGAAGUAUUUCUUUAAGAUGAUGCGACAUAUAGGCGACCAACUUCAAGCCGACAAGCAUAUUAUUCCGAGACCAAAGGACGCAAGGAAGCUCGAAGUCCUUGAUAUUUGCAUGGCGCCAGGAGGAUUUUCAGCUACGACUCUCAAAUACAAUAAAUACUCUCGCAUAUAUGGCCUUAGCCUGCCAGAGGAGGAGGGCGGGCACCAAAUCUUUCUGCAGAAUUGGCGGAAUGACCCCCGCGUGCAAAUACUGCAGAUGGAUAUCACCAUGUUAUCAACUGAAUUCGGCUCUCCCGACCUUCUUCCCCCGGAUAAUGCUUUAGCCUCACGGUUUUCUGACUGUAGACCGUUUGACGGACUAGAAGCCGACUUAGUCUUUUGUGACGGCCAGGUUCUCCGUACCCAUGAACGGGCCAUUGGCUCCAAGUUUGAGGCAACUCGGUUGAUGACCGCCCAGCUUAUUCUUGCGCUGCAGAGGAUCAAGAACGGUGGAACCAUAGUGGUGCUUUUGCAUCGAGCCAAUAGCCCGCGUAUCGUGGAACUGCUUUAUAUAUUUAGCCAAUUCGCUGAGAUUGACUUAUUCAAACCCACUUCAAGUCAUGCCACCAGAAGUUCAUUCUACCUCAUAGCAAAGAACGUGGACCCAACAAAUUCGGGGUUCUGUCGGAUGCUUGAAAACUUGAAGAGCUCCUGGAAAAGGAAGACCCUGCAAGCCUUUAAUGAUGAACCACAGGACUCUGAACGGACUGUAUCCGGUGAUACGAUGGAAGAUAUCUUACAGUCAUUUGGAGAAAAGCUGAUCAGUCUCGGCGAACCUAUUUGGGAAAUUCAAAGGGAGGCGUUGAAGAAGAAAUUUUUGAAGGAAUCGCCAAUAUUGGCAACCACCUCUUAA